AAUACAUAGAGCACAAUGUUUUUGACUCAUCUAAUAACGUAAUUGAUAAAAAAGAUUUAUCUUUAGAAAUGUUAGCUCAAUACGAUACAGAAUAUAGAAAGAAUUCUUCUCAAAAUAUAUGUCAU